AUUCCACAAGAGAUUCAUCAUCUUCAUAAUUUACGAGAGUUGGACUUCAGUUCGAACAAGUUGUCAGGCACUUUGCCACCAAGCAUUUUCAACAUGUCUUCCUUGAAAAUGAUUGACUUAUCAAGUAACACACUUAGCGGAGCAUUGCCUUCAGAAAUUGAGUACAUGAAUGAACUAGAUAUUUUGGAACUUGACAACAAUGCUUUGAUCGGUCCAAUACCAUCUACUGUUGGAAACCUAUCAAGUUUGUACCACUUAAAUCUUGGUUCCAACAAAUUUAAUGGUCCAAUACCAUCUACCAUUGGAAACCUAUCAAAUUUGGGCCACUUGUAUCUCGAUUCAAACAAAUUAAAUGGUCAAAUACCAUCUACCAUUGGCAAUCUACCAUUGGAUAUUCUACAUCUCUCUUCCAACAAAUUAAUCGGUGAGCUUCCAUCCUCCAUCUGUAACUUGACAUCCCUUGAUACGCUUCUUCUCUCAAAUAACACUUUGGAAGGAAUAAUUCCACAAUGCUUUGGAAAUUUGAGCUCUUUGAUCAUCUUUCAUCUGAAUAAAAAUCAGUUUCGUGGUCACAUUCCAUCAACAUUUAGCAAGGGGUGUAGUCUUGUGUCCAUCAAUUUGAAUGGUAAUGAAUUGCAAGGACAAUUACCUAAAUCCUUGAUCAAUUGCCAAAGUCUACAAGGCCUCGACAUUGGAAAUAACAGAAUACAAGACGAAUUUCCCUUUUGGAUGGAUUACCUUCCGUGGCUUCGAGUGUUGGUCUUAAGGUCUAACAAGUUUGAUGGUAACAUGUCACUUCCUUCACAAACCAAGAUUCCAUUUCCUAAUUUGCAAGUUUUAGAUAUAUCUCAGAAUAGAUUUGUGGGUUCUCUGCCUCAAAGAUAUUUCAAGAAUUUCAAAGCAAUGAUAGAGGUAAAUGAAACAAACUUGUCAAAUGACGACACCUUUCGUUUAUAUGUGGAGAUGAGGCUCACCUUGAAAGGUUUGGAUCAAUUAUUAGAGAGAUUGUUGUCAGCCUUUACAACAAUUGACUUAUCCUCCAACAGGUUUUCUGGGGGUAUUCCAGAUUCCAUAGGAAAUCUUAAGAUUCUCAAAUACUUUAAUUUGUCCCACAAUAACCUCAUAGGAAAUAUACCUUCAUCUCUUGGAAGUAUGAGUGAACUUGAAUCAUUGGACUUGUCUAUGAACAAGUUAGAUGGAGCAAUUCCAAGUGAAUUGACAAGGUUGACAUUUCUUUCGACGUUAAACCUUUCAAUGAAUAAUCUUGUUGGACAAAUACCACAAUCAACUCAGUUUUCCACAUUUGAGAAUGAUUCAUAUAUGGGAAACCGGGGAUUGUGUGGAGUUCCAUUGACGAGAAAGUGCAAAGAGGAGAAUGGGCAGUGGAUGAAACCAGAAGAAGAAGAAGAUGAUGAUGAGUAUGGAUUUAUAGAUGGAUUUGGUUGGAGAAGUGUGGUGAUGGGAUAUGGAAGUGGAUUCAUAGUUGGAAUUGGAAUCGGUUACAUUAUUAUUAGAAAAGCAAGGCCAAGAUGGUUAGUGGAAUUCUUUUUUGGCGUUGGAUAUAACUAUAAGAUGAAGAAGAGACGCAGCAGAGCUACACCAACACGCCGCAGGAGAACUUAAUUGAAGGCACGUCUGCUUGAGUUAUGUUUUCGAUUUAUUUUUUCCUUUUUAGUGGCUACUUAGAGUGUUUGUGCUCGAUUUCAACUUUAGAGUUUAUGAAAUGUGUUUGUAAGUUCGAAUCUGUUAAGUUUUAAUCUUACCUCGUUUAAGUAAUUUUUUUUUUUGAGAAUGUAAUUUUUUUUAGAUUUAUUAAAACAGUUUUGUGAUUUUA